AGUUGAAUAAUUGUAACUUGUAUGUAUACAUAUCCUCUCUUCAACCUUUAUCAUAGCAGAAGACAGAUCAAACCGAAGGCUUUCUUAUGGAGGAAACAAAACCAAAGACAGUUGAAGAUGUUGAGACGGUUGAUGUUUACACAGCUAAAGGUUUUCUUAGUACUGGUCAUCGAUAUCUCGAUGUAAGGACAAAUGAAGAAUUCGCCAAGAGUCAUGUUGAGGAUGCUUUGAACAUUCCUUAUAUGUUCCAAACAGAUGAAGGUAGGGUUAUAAAUCCUGAUUUUCUUCCUCAAGUGGCAUCGGUUUGCAAGAAAGAUGAACAUAUGAUCGUGGCUUGUAACGCUGGAGGAAGAGGAAGUCGUGCUUGUGUUGAUCUUCUCAAUGCGGGGUACGAGCAUGUUGCUAACAUGGGGGGAGGCUACUCGGCUUGGGUUGACGCUGGAUUCGCCGGCGACAAACCCCGGGAAGAGCUCAAGAUUGCUUGCCAGUUCCGACCAAAGGAAAACUAAAUCAGCCCGGACCCCGUUUGAUGCAA